AUGUCGAUGUUCCGCGCCAAGAAGCUCGAUCUGGGCUGUUUCGUCAACAUUCGGACGAUUCGUGACCACACCAAGCGCCAGGUGUUCAUGGAGCACGAGCCCGAAAGACAAGCUCUCCGCCACAUCAUCCGUAACACGACGCUUCCCCCCCGUGUGCGCGCCGAGGCGCAGCUGCAAUUGUCGCAAAUGCACUCCUACACUCGCUCCACUCAGAUCCGCAACCGUUGCAUCAUGGGCGGCAAGGCAAGGGGUAUCUUCCGCGAUUUCAAGAUGACAAGAUUCAAUUUCCGUAUGGAGGCCUAUGCGGGUAACCUCCCCGGAGUCAAGAAGGCCAGUUGGUAA